AUGAAUCGUUUGAGGCAACUUGAUUUGGAUGGGAUUUCAUUAGAAGAACUUCCAUCAUCAAUUGGGCAUUUAACUGGCCUUACUUAUUUGAGUUUGAGAGGCUGCAAAAGACUCUUGAGUCUUCCGAGUGCCAUUUGUGGUUUGACAUCUCUUAAAACUCUCGCUCUCUAUGGUUGUUCACAACUUGAGGAAAUGCCUGAGGGACUAGGGAAUUUGGAACGUCUGGAGGAGCUCGAUUUAAGUGAAACCGCUAUAAGGCAAUUUCCAUCCUCCAUUACAUGUCUACAAAAUCUUAGAUUGUUGUCCUUCCAAGGAUGUUCAGGUCUGCCACCUAAGUCGUUUCUCAAACGAUUAGUAACUUGGUUUUGGGGGAACCCCGACACUGGUUUGGUGUUGCGUACUUCGUUGUCAAGGGCUCUAUGCAGCUUGAAGAAAUUAGAUUUGAGUAAUUGCCAUUUAAAAGAUGGAGCAAUUCCCAAUGACCUAAGUGAAUUAUCAUCACUGCUAGCUCUAGAUCUAAGUGGAAACGAUUUCACGCUCUUACCUGAAAGCAUCUCUCAACUUUCGAAGCUUGUUAUCAUUUUCUUGAGACGUUGUUGCCAGCUUCAAUCAUUGCCAGAACUUCCUUCAAGUACAGCAUACGUUGAUGCUCUAGAUUGUAUCUCAUUGGAAACACCUUCUAAUAAACUUCAUGCAUGGGUAUCAGAUGAAACUGGAUUAGCUACUCUAAACUGGUUCCGUAAGCCACAUCGAUUGAAAGAUGGACAACGCGACCUAUUGAAAGAAAGAACCAUUAAGGCACACAUCGAUGUUGCAGCCAGAGGAGUAGGAAUUCCAAUGUGGUUCCAGAAUCAGAGUAUGGAUUCCUCGAUUACAAUCGGGUUGCAUCCAGAUUUCGCUGAUAGAAGAAAGUGGUUCGGAUAUGCUCUUUAUUUUGUCUUUGAAAUCAAUGACCUUGAAAGUUGGGAAUCAACACGUUUUACAGGGUUUGAUUCUGAGGAGCUUGUGUUUCAUUUUGUUACCGAUGAAGGUCCUCUCAAAGCCCACCUAAAGUUCGAUACACUCCAGAAAUUCUCUAGUACUAUUGAUACACCAGCAGGACAUUGGAUAUAUGUAGAACGCAUCUGGUUUGACAAAAAGUCAAAGCAAGUGGAUAAAUGGAAUUACAUUGAGGUUUCAAUUACAAUUGGAAAUCCGUUCAUGAAGGUGGAAAAGUGUGGGGCUCAACUAGUACAUGAUCAAAAUGUCCAAGAGUUUAUCGAUGCAGUUUUCUCGCAUCCUCAUUGA